AUGUCGCAGGAGCUUCGGCGCACAGGUCCGUUGCCCGACGAUGUGACUACCGAUGGUCCCAGUGUCGUUGACACUGAGCGUGCAACAGCUGGCCACCGUCAGCCUUUGCGCCGGCCGCCAUUACGCACUAGACCACAAUCCUGGCAUCCGUAUGGCCCUGUAGAGCCGCCGUUGGAGGUCUCUUCCGCACGAUCUAUUGGUGUCCAUGCGAUCUUGAAUCCAACGGGUCAGGCAGCGACGAUUGAUACAGUCAGCACCAGUCGCGAGCCUUUGAGUUUGCCGGGUCCCUCGGCGUCGUCUCGGCCACGGCAGGGUUCUUCACCCGCACCAAGGACGAUGCAUCAUCUAGCGCAGCAGCAAUUGUCUCCCAGGGCUCAUUCGCGGUCUUUAAUGCGACCGAGCUCCCCCUCUGCACGGUUUGUUGGUAACGGUAGGACUUCCGGACAACCGACUGUGGUACAAUCUCCGCUCGUUGCUCAGAAAUCUUCUUUGGGGCCUCGUCAACCUCCGUCCAGCUCAUCUCUACCAUUGGAAUCGACACUUCGGCCUACUUCAUUACCGCCUGUUCAACCUCCAACCUCGACAUCAUUAGACUCAACUCCCAGUCUUCACUCGCGAAAAACCAGCACAGGCCCAGGCCUCUUGACGAAUCCGAAUUCGCAGGAGACUAGCCCUUUGACACCUCAAUCAAGCUUCAGUCACUUCGCACACGCAUCGCCCGCAAUGAUUCAUGUAUCUCUCCCGCCAUCUGCGCCGCCAUACUCAGCACCGCCACCCUACGUGACACUGGAGUCCGUGGCCCGCGGUUCUCCGGCGAUAGCAGAGCCCCGUCGCAUCAAGGAAGAAGCAAGCGGAAGUGUCACACCUCUCGGUGGUAGCUUGAUACCAUGUGUAUUGGACUUGAAGUCUGGAUCCUCCAGUCAAGCAGAAAAGCGCAAAGCAAAUAGCGACGCCAGUCGACGAUUCCGGAAUCGCAAACGUAACGAAGUCCAACUGGAGCAACGACUCGGGGCCCAACAUGACGAGAUCCAGCGUCAUGUCGAGACAGUCCGUCGUCAAAGUGAAAUAAUCCGAUUUCUCACAUCACAGAGAGACCAUUACCGUUCCGAGCGGGACUUCUACCGCGAACAACUCGGACGUACACGGUCCUUGAGUCAGCUGCCUCCCCGGCCGUCCUCACCUCGUUCUCAAUCUUCUCUCCUUCCCGCUUCGGACUCCACUUCGACUUCGACCUGGGCUGGCGAUGUGCCGCGCUCUGCAGCAGCACAAAGUGCGACUGCAACAGCGAGAGUACUAGACCCAGCGAGACAGGGGAAUUGGCCGGCUAGUCCGGCAUCUUACUCGCCCGCUCCUACUUCAGGGAGAGCACUUCCUCCAGGACCACCGCCUGUAGCUGGAGGAACUCUCCCUCCAUUCCAAGGAACAUGGACACGGCAAUAG